GUGGUUACUGCAGGAAGGAGGGCUGAGAGCAGCUAGAGCAGUGACCGCAGCUCUGACGCCCUGGGUCCGUGCUCACCACAGGAUUGUGUCACCAAAGACCUUAAGCUGUUUCCCUUCCUCUUGCAAGAGAUAAAAAUCACCUCAUUCCUCUGGCAUUAGCUGAGUCUGUGCACAAAGCAGGGCCUUGCCCGCUUUGGGGGGCACAGAGAGGUGAGGUUUGUGCUGUUAAUGGGGCUGAGGGACAGCAGAUUUCUGAGCUUGCCCGUAAACCUGCCCUUAAACAGCCAGGUAUAUCCAGAUUUUUCCAUGUCUGCCUCUUAGGUCUUUUCCCUCCCCUCCUCUUCCACUUCCCCAGAGAAAUCAGGAAGAGACCAUUGACUGUCUCUUGCCUCAAACACUGCAGGUACAUGGAAGAAUCAGAUGGACUGAGAGAAUUAUUUCAGCGAGUCAGGAGGGCUCGAGCGGUUGUGAGAUGUGGCACGAGCAGGCAGAAGAACACAACACCCAAGAGGGGAGGGGAAGUGGGGAAGGAAAGAAAACCCGACACACAUUCACAGAAAGAGCAAGAAAGCAGAGGGAGGACUCGCACUGAUGGUUUUCCGGCCCAGGGGAAUGAACCAGAGGGGUAGAAGAAAGCCAGCUGAAAACAGAAGUGCGGUGAGAGGAGAGGGAAGCAGCCACCACUCGCAGCUGCACAGGCUGCCCUGGGAGCCAGAGGGAUGGGAAGCCCCCGAGCACCCGUGGGGAGAGCAUCUGAGGAGGAGCAGAAGGAAGCAGGAAGGCUCUCUGUGAGCUCCUAACUCCAGAUAAUGGCCAUGGAUAUUUGUAAGAUUCCUGAAAAUGCCUCCAAGUGCAGCGGGAGCACCAUGGAGUGCUUCAUGGUGCUCAGCACGCCGGCACAGAAGAUAAGCAUUGCCAUCCUGUGCUGCCUCUUCGGGACCCUCUGUGUUUUCGAGAACUCCUUGGUGCUCUACUUGAUCUUCUCUUCCCCCAGGACCAGGAAAAAGCCUUCCUACAUCUUCAUCAGCAGCCUGGCCCUGGCUGACAUCCUGGCCAGCGUCAUCUUUGUCUGCAGCUUUGUGAACUUCCACGUGUUCAACGGAACCGGUUCCUCCAAGGAGGCGUUCCUGCUGCAGCUGGGAGGGGUGAACACCUCCUUCUCCGCCUCCCUCAGCAGCCUCCUGCUCACAGCCCUGGACCGCUACGUCUCCAUCAGCCGGCCCUCCGAGUACAAGCUCCUGAUGACGAGGAAAAGAGCCUGGAUAGCCCUGGGGGUGCUCUGGGCCACCUGCGCCAGCGUGGCCGCCCUGCCCCUCCUGGGCUGGAACUGCUGCACGCUGGACUCCUCCUGCUCCGAGCUGUUCCCCUUCGUGGACCACAGCUACCUGUGGGGCUGGGUGUGCCUCACCCUGCUGCUGCUGGGCUGCAUCGUCUGCGCCUACGCCCGCGUGCUCUGGAGGGCCCGGCAGCACGCGGCCCACAUGGAGCGGCAGCAGGCGCAGGGCGGGAAGCAGAACAGCCGCGUGAGGAUGGACGUGAGGCUGGCCAGGACCCUGGUCAUGGUGCUGGCCGUCCUCGUGCUCUGCUGGUCCCCCGUCCUCGUGCUCAUGAUCUGCAGCCUCUUCUCCCGGCUGAGCGACCGCCUGCGCAAGGCGUUCGCCUUCUGCAGCACCCUCUGCCUGCUCAACUCCAUGGUGAACCCCAUCAUUUACGCCCUGCGGAGCAAGGAGCUGAACUCCUCCCUGAGGAGGGUGUUUUCUCGCCUCAGGAGGCAGCCCAAGGCCUCUGAGGAGAGCCCGGAGGCUGAGAGCACCCACAGGUCCUCCGUGGUGGAGACCGUCUGCGAGGACGCGCACGUGACGUAGGGAGGCACCCGGGGAGAACCCGUCAGCUCAGGCUGCCAGAAACACUCUGGGUCACUUUCCUGUUUCUUUUCUCUUCUGAUGGAGGAUCUGGGAGAUGGAGAUCAGCUGCCUGCCAUGGAGACAGCUCCUGCUGAUGUUAUCCUCCAGUGUUGGGACAUGACAAGCAUGGACUUUGCCCUCAGGCACAUGGUGGGAUUGUUGAGGCGUCCUGUGCAGGAGGUGGAUUUGAUGAUCCUCGU